UGGUUGGCGUUAUUUUGAUUAAUUAUUGUGCCUUGACUUUCCCUUAUACGGCUAUGUCUUCGGUUACCCUAAUUGUCCGCAUUGAGCAUGCUGGAACUCAAUAUUAUUUUAGAACUAGUAGUGAUUAUACAAUAUUUGACUUAUGCAGAGAAAUUCGCAACAACUUUGAAGAAGCAUGUAUCGGAAAUCGUAUGUUUAGCCUUGUCCUCAUCUUUUUAGCCAAUGAAUACGGUAUUUUUACAUAUGAUCCGGAUCCAAAGCACUCCGCCUGGCUAGAAAGCUCAAAGACGUUAUCUUAUUAUCACAUAUCGGAUCAGGCCGAAGUAAGCUAUAAAUAUAAAAUGCGGAGGCUUGUUAUAAAAACUAUGGAUGGUACUAAAAAGACAUUGCAAGUGGACGAUAGCAAAUCUAUAGCAGAACUUAUGUUUACUAUAUGUGCUAAGAUGGGCAUAACAAAUUAUGAAGAAUAUUCCCUUAUACGAGAACUUGAUGAAGAAGAAAAAAUGAAGACCCUGACUAUAAGAAAAGCAAAAAGCAUAGCAAAGGACGUAGACAAGCUGGAAAAAAUGAAGCUUAAGCUACAUACAGAUGAUGACUUAAAUUGGCUCUCGCAUUCAAAAACACUUCGUCAAUACGGAAUCGAUGAGAUGGAAAUUUUGUUGCUUAGAAGAAAAUAUUUUUUCUCGGACCAAAAUGUCGAUGCACGUGAUCCUGUCCAGCUUAAUCUUCUUUACAUUCAAGUACGUAUAUACUAG